UGCAAAACUACUGCUCCCGGCGUGCCAGCUUGGACUACAAUUCCCAGUGCGUAUUAGGAGACGCCUGCGCUGUGGUUGCUGGCGCUCGGGCCAUUUAAAUGUGUGUGAGGGAGACAGUGAAAUGGCUACGCAGGUCGCUGCAGUGCGCGCCGUAUCCCGGGGCGCUGAAGAGACGCCCCCGCUCCCCCUCGGGGACCGGCCCGGCCGGCCGAGGGGAGGGGGGAGGAAGCGGAAGGGCCCGCCUGGGGAGCCAGGGGGGUGUAAAAGGGCCAGGCUGAGCCAACCACCGCUCGUGGUAGGGCCCGGUCAGGCGGAGCCGCUGCCUCCGGCCACCGUCCCCGGCCUCCCGUCCGUUCCCGCAGUCCCUUCCUCCACAACCGGCCUCUUCACUUUCUCCCCUCUCAGCCUUCCGCCGCAGGCCCCACAGUGCGAGAGGCGGCAUCACCACAGGCACCGGCACCACCCGGACAGCAGCGGCUCUGAGCCUGGCCGCUCCUCCGGCGAAAAGCCGCACAAGGGCCGGCGGGGAAGCUCCGGCGACGGCGCCGUCGGGCGGCCCAGCAAGCGAGACAGCAGAGAUGAGAAUGGCAAGACUCAGAGAGCUGAUGGUCUUAUUGUGAAGAAAAUCAAGAAAAAGAAGAAAAAGAAACACAGAGAAGACAUGAGGGGGAGACAUCUGAAAAUGUACAACAAAGAAGUGCAGACUGUGUGUGCUGGUCUUACACGUAUCAACAAAGAGAUUUUGACCCCGGGGGAGAAUGAUAACUUGGAAGAGAACAAGGAAUCUUUUAGGUAUCUCAAAGAUGAAGAGCUGUGUCAGUUGAAUUUGGGCAUGGAAGAAUACAGAAUACCCCAGGGAGUGCAGUCUCCAUUUACUACCCACCAGGAGCAUUCUGUUCGCAGCAACUUCUUAAAAACAGGCACUAAAUUUAGUAACUUUAUUCAUGAGGAACAUCAGUCAAAUGGUGGAGCUCUGGUCCUUCAUGCCUACAUGGAUGAACUCUCAUUUUUGUCUCCAGUGGAGAUGGAGAGAUUUGCAGAAGAGUUUCUUGCUUUGACAUUCAGUGAAAAUGAGAAAAAUGCAGCCUACUAUGCUCUAGCUAUAGUCCAUGGGGCAGCUGCCUACUUGCCAGAUUUCUUGGAUUACUUUGCUUACAACUUUCCUAACACUCCAGUGAAAAUGGAAAUCCUUGGCAAGAAGGAUAUUGAAACAACAACAAUCUCAAACUUUCACACUCAGGUCAGUCGAACGUAUUGCUGUGGAACCUACAGAGCAGGUCCGAUGAGGCAGAUCAGCCUUGUUGGAGCAGUGGAUGAAGAAGUUGGAGACUAUUUCCCAGAAUUUCUUGAUAUGUUGGAAGAAUCUCCAUUUCUUAGAAUGACUUUGCCCUGGGGUACUCUUUCUAGCCUCAGACUUCAGUGCCGGUCACAAAGUGAUGAUGGCCCCAUAAUGUGGGUAAGGCCAGGAGAACAGAUGAUUCCGACAGCUGAUAUGCCAAAGUCCCCAUUCAAACGACGCAGAUCAAUGAACGAAAUAAAAAAUCUCCAGUAUCUACCUCGGACCAGUGAACCCCGUGAAGUUCUUUUUGAAGAUAGAACAAGAGCACAUGCUGAUCAUGUUGGGCAAGGGUUUGACUGGCAGAGUACAGCUGCUGUAGGAGUGCUGAAAGCUGUACAGUUUGGUGAAUGGAGUGACCAGCCUCGUAUAACCAAAGAUGUAGUUUGUUUCCAUGCAGAGGAUUUCACUGAUGUAGUUCAGCGACUUCAGUUGGAUCUACAUGAACCUCCAGUAUCACAGUGUGUUCAGUGGGUGGAUGAAGCCAAGCUAAACCAAAUGAGACGAGAAGGCAUUCGCUAUGCUAGAAUCCAGCUAUGUGAUAAUGACAUCUACUUCAUCCCUAGAAAUGUCAUUCAUCAGUUCAAGACGGUGUCUGCUGUGUGUAGCUUAGCCUGGCAUAUAAGACUCAAACAGUAUCAUCCUGCAGGGGAGAAUUCUCAAAGUACAGAAAACAUUUCAAAUAUGGACAGUAGCAUCUGUGACAAGAUGGAGUCAGAUACUGAAGACCAAUGUGUGCUUGUGAAACAAGAGUCAGAAGAAGUAGGAACAGAAGUACAGAUUCCAACAGCAGCACCAUCGUCCUUGUUUUCGUCUCUGUCGUGACUUGUCCUACAAGAUGAGCUAGCUCAGUCCCUUCCAGUUUUUAAACUAGAAUCAGAUCAGCAACACAGUCCACAAGAUGAUCAUACAGGCUUUCUUGUGUGAUAUGUACAUAAUCAUAUACAUUUUUAAACAGCUUUUUAAAAUUUUGAUGUGAAGUUAUAGUUUUAUAACAGGGUUAUGUUUUAUUGGAGAUAUCUUGCCUAUAAUUCUAUAAAGAGAGGUGACAUUCCAAAAUGUCAAGCAUAUCUUUUUUACACAGAUUAUGCAAAAUUAGAAUUGUAUUUUACUCCCUUAGUACAGCAUGUAGUUGUGGACUACAGUUUGUUUUAAGGGAAUGAAGUAAUAAUUUGACAUCUGUUUUUUCUUCAGGAACUUCAAGUAUUUAGUAAAUCUGAUACCCUUUCAUCUGUUCUAUCUGUGGCUUUCAGCAUAAAAGGGAUGGUUUCUGUGGAAGAGUCACAAAGUGACUCCUUGUGAUUAAUCCGAUUAAUGGCUUGAAUGAGAGAAAGCAAAGCACUUUUAAUUAUCAAUGAUAUUUGUGUUUGUGUGUGUGUGUGUGUGUGUGUGUGAGAGAGAGACCAAGAGUGACUUUUGAAAGCCUGGAGGAAGCUCAAAUUACCAGCAGUGUAGUUCAUUACUUAUCAGCACAUUAACAAAGAGGCUGAUGUAUGAGGUUACAACUAGUGUGAUCUUGAACAGUAAUAACUGAUACUUCCCAUACCUCUGCUUUUAAUGUUUGUGGAAACAGCGUGUUUCAAUAACUUCUCUGAUGGCUAAUGUAACACUAGUGUCUAAUGAAAGUUAACUGUUGGCAGUGAGAAAACUGUUCUCUUUGAGCACUUUAAGGCUUUACAAUAUUCUAACCAGUUUGGUGGCUUGUUUAAUUCACAGCAAGCAUGAGAUGGAAACCAUCCUUUCCUUUGCAUUGAUGCACUUAAUCCAGUAGAGGUUUAAAAUUCUAUACUGUUGUUUCACAAUAAACUGUCACACAUGGAUUGCUGUUUCCAUAUGUGACUGUAGGGUACACAGUGCUGCUGCUGUGUUGAAAGACUAUAUGGCAGGAUGUCAUGUCUUUAGCUAUCAUUGUUUAACAGUCACACAGUUUCUCCCAAUAUUAACUAUAGUCAGCUUUUCACUCACAGCGUACUGAAUUAUAUUUAUUUUUGGUACUGAAAGAAAGAAGCCCUUCACAUAUAGGAUGUGAACUUUAUGAAGGUGUAAUCAAAGCUGUUUCUAAACAACUUGGUUCUUGUUCUCACUGGGGUAAGGAGACUUGUAGCACUAUACAAACCAGAAGAAAGCAGCUGUGUUUUUAAAUGCAUCUUUGAUAUCAAUCUUUUGGGGAAAAAACUUGCAUAUAAAUGUUUAUAAUAGCAAUUACUUUGUGCAAUAUUGUUUUGUGUAGAUUUAUAUGCCUAUUAGCACCUCAGUAUAGCAGGCACAAUUUUAAACCAAUAGCGAAAUAAUCAGAAAACACUGCAGUGAUUAGAUAGAACUUGUAUUAUUACUCCUGAUAUAUACACAUAUAUAUGUAUAGAUUGUCUUGGUGCAAAUCUGAAGAUGAAUAGCAAAUAUUUAAAUUUCAGACUAACUUUUCAGAUUAGAGUGGGGAAUGAAUUGUGUGUAAAUAAGGUAUUAGGAGGAGAUCUUUCUACAUAAGGUAAUAUGUUUUUAUGCAGGAACAUAAUUUUAAAUCUUAAAUUCUAGAUUGACCAGUACUGGUUCAGGAUAUAAUCCCUGCAUAUAUUCCAGCUUUUUCCACUUUUUUACUCUUGUCCAGAGGAAUUUUCAUAAACUUAUAUGAAAGCUGUGCAGAGUGUAAUUUACAGGCAAUAUGAGUUUCAGUGCAUCACUUACAUAUUUGAGACGAACUCUGUUAUACCAUCUUUAUUUUAUCAUAUGUUUUUUCCAUUCAUUUUGCUAGUCUUCCAAACAUCUUUUUCUCUUGGCCCAUUGUGGCAAUGUCAUAAAAAAUGGCUUAUGCCAUUUUUCAUACAUUUCAACUAGCAUAGGUAACUGUCACCUGUAAGCCAGUAUUGUGUAGAACCACUCAGGAACUGGUACAAUCUGAACAGAUCUUACAGAAUCGAACUGGUACAAUCUGAAAAGAUCUUACAGAAUCUUACAGAUUAAGUGAAAGUCAUUCAUUACAUACAAGAUAUUACUUGUGUCUGUUUCAAAACACAACUUGCACAAAUUUAAACCAAACAAAUCCACUGCCCCCCAAUCCCCUCCAAAUGUUGUGCACCCCUAUUCCUUGGUUAUUCCUUAAGAACAUGACAUAGAAUAGGGAAACAGUAGUUUUAAGUUCCUUCUGGAAACAUUAAGUUACAGCAGCAAACUUUUGUAUAUUCAUGCAUAGCACAGAGCACGUAUACUUGACUAAACAUCAGUAUAGCCUACUUAAAGCAGAAGGAAGCAAUAAUGGAAUUUUGGCCUGCUUUCAAAAACUACCAAGGUAAAGCUUCUGCCAGUUUCAUCCUGUGUUGCAUUUAAUGCACCAUUCUCUCUUAAUAAUCAUAUUUCAGAUAUGUAAAGAUACUUCAAAAUCUCCACUUUAUGUGUCCUGUCACAUUUUUUUAUAUAAAAUGUUUGAGACAUUUAAAAUGGUUUAUAAAAACAAAUUGCCAUUACUUAUAAAUUUCUGUGAGCUCCAGUAAUGCACUUAAAGCACUUUUGGGUGCACACUGGAACUGUGCUGACUUCCACUUCCAGCUGUAGCCUUUUGUAUUGUGCCAGAUAAUACUUCUGGAUCGCUUGGCAUUCAGGAAAAGUGGACACUGAGUGGCUGCAGUGGGAAAGGAGACUAUGAAGCUCUGGUGCAUGCAUGGAUCUUUAUUCUCAAAUACCUUUUUAAAAAUAGGAAUAGGGACAACACAGCUCAGUCUGCAUGAUUAAAAGAAUCCUUUCAGUACGGAAGUUGAACUUUAUAAAGAUAUAGUAAUAAGAGAACCACUGAUGGGGAAUGACAAAUGAGCAGAUUCAAAUUGCCAGGGAUCAUUUGGGGAAAAUAACAUCUUUAGAUUUGUAGACCUAAAGAUACUUUAAAUGUAAUUUCUCAGGAAACUAUUGGGAAUAAAAUUGGUACUAAUGUGAAGAUUUUGGAAAUCUAUCUUGCCAAUGUCACUGAUAGAGAUAGCUUAAGCUAAUAGGAACUCUUACCUUAUAAAUCUUGGAGUAUAUAAACAUGAUAUAUUUAUUUACAAAUUCAAAGGCAGAAUGAUUGUUGUGAUAAAAUCUAGGUAUUUUGUUGUAUUGGAAAGUCUUUCUUCUCAUCAAAUUUCAGCACUUGCCAGAUAUUCCAGUUAACAAUUCAGUAUAUCCUGUCAUGUCUGAACUCAGUUGCUAAAUACUAGAAGUUCCAGAAACCUAGCUCUUGACUAAAAAAAGCCUGAUUGGCUCAAAGCUGAAAAAUGGGAACCCUCUUAUAUUUAACUAAACAUGAUAUUGUUCCUUUUUAUCAGUCCAAAGAAAAGUGGUGUUUUGUGUUCACUGAAUGGCUGUAUUGGUCUGCUGAUCUAUUUAACAAAUCUGCAAAAGUAAAAUUAAGAUAUAUGUAAGUGAACUAGAUAUUUCACAUUCUUCCCCCUAAAUGUUUCUGAAUAUAAAAUCUAUUUUGUAGAUAACUGAUGUUCUCUUCCAUGAAGAUGGAAUGUGUGGAGGACUCAUGCGAUAUUAAGAGACACUUACCUUUAUCAUAAAGUUUUUUGCAUUCAAUACAAGGGCUCUUGUUCUUUUAGCAGUUUUCCUAAAUGUAAGGGCAUAACUGUGUAGCAAGAGUCAGGGAAGUUUUCAUUUAUUGUCAAAACCCCAGGAAAAAUAUAAUUUAAAUUCACUUUUUCUCAUGCUGCCAUUCACAUGCUUGAAUUUAUACUGAGUGGUAAACUAUUUCACUUAGGGAGCAAUCCAGCCAAUGUUAAGUGCCUUUAAGUUCCAUAGAUUUCUGUAGAAAACUUAAAUCAGUGGUACUUAAAUAUGUUUAAUAUAGGUGGGAUUGCACCAUAUUUUCUUAUAAAUGCUGAGUAUUUAUAGCCAUAUUGAUGUUUUUAUUUUUUUGAAGGUUGCUAAGUGGGGAUGGUUGUCCUUCAGCUCCUGAAAGCUUUGUACUGUAGGUUAAUUUAGGUUGGUUCAACAGACAACUUCCCAAUAACAUUAUGGCCUUCCAUUAGUAUACAUAAUAGUUUUAGAAUCCAACAGCACAUGUAGUUGAGAAGGGGCUUCUCUUAAUAUAGCACUUUCAAUUCUGUCUAAGCAAAUACCUAUACAUUACAUGUUGUAUAAAAUAGAUUUGUGUAGUGUUUUGUGAUUAAAUUCAGUUUUGAUUGGCAGCUAAGAUAUUUUUCUGUGGUUUUAAUAUAUCUAAGGUCUUUGCAUAUAGAGGAUAUGUACAAUUGCCUGGAAGACUGUUUUUGCUUUGUGUGGCCUUAGUAUAUUUAUUGACAUUUAGCAAGUGUUUUAAAGAGGUUUUUAUAAUAGUGUAAACUGGGAAAAUUUUAAGCCUCGCUGUGAAUAAUCCUCUAACGCAGUGCAUUUCUUUUAGUAGCUGACUGUACAAGCGUAUCAAACUGUUAAAGCUAUUUCUUUGUUAAAAAAAAGUACAUGGAAUGCAUAGAUUUUUUCCCCCCUGUAAAGUAUUUUUUUAAUAAACAGAAGUCUGAUUUGCCCAUAA